GUUCCGAAACAUUUGGAUGAUGCUUGGAAGAUUUCGAAGUGAGAGGAACAUCAGCCCUCGCCACUUUCACCCGCGCAUCCUUCUGAAGUAUGGGCUGAUCUCCUGGAGCUUAGCCGAGACCGUGUUUUUCAUCUACAUCUGGCAAUGCACCCGCUUCCUGGACACGCAGACGACGCGCCGAUGGCGCGCUGUAAACGUCCAUAGCACAGAAGAGAAGCGGAGGGCUUCGAUGGAGCGGUAUCUGCAGAUGCUGGCGCAGGUCUGCCGCGGAGGUGGCAGCGGCAAUGCGAGCAACGGAGAUGCGCCAGCGCCCAACGCUUCCCUUCGCAGGGGACUGCUGGAUCGAGCUGACAAGGCGAAUUCCAAAGCGAAUGGUGCGAUUGGGAUCCGACCAAGGUCGUCCGGGACCCUCGCUCGGAGUGGAAGCUUCCUUGGGCUUGGUGCCGCAGUGAGGCCACAAGAAAGCGUUGAGGAUUUGUUGAAGCAUAUGGAGGGCUCCCACGGAAACCUCGAGGAGGAACUUCAGAGGCUUCGAUGGCACGAGCUUGCCACCUUUUUCCAUGGCCAGGGCCGGGGGGAUGCAGAUGACAUCCUGAACUGGUUGCAGCGUGACAACGUGCAGGAUUGGAUUGCCCACUACUGGUUUCGCGGAGCCACGCCAGACGAGCUGCGGAAAGACAGCCCAGAACAGUUCCAGGAACUUCGUUGCUUGGCGGAAUUGGUCCUGCAGACCUCUGGGCUGCAGAACAUGCGUGAGGGCCGGAACCCAGAUGUGCAGGCCUACCGCGUAUUUUCAGACCCUUUGCCUGUGGUGCAUCGGCCACUGCUUGUCUACGCUGGGACUUCACUGCUGUGCCCACUGAUCUCCUACAAGGUGAUGCAGUGGCUUGGAUUCCAAAGGGAGCGCUCCGGGGGGCUGUGUUACUGGAAGCGUCCUCGACGAACUGAUGUCGAUCCCCGCGACGAUGUCUCUGCCCCCAGGGGCGAGCCCUUGGUCUUCGUGCAUGGCUUGGGAGUGGGCCUGGUGCCCUAUUUCCUGUUCAUCUACCGUUUGUCCCAGCGGCACAGCGGCGAGCUUUUCGUGCCAGAGUUUCCUUUCCUGGCCAUGGCGCCCUGGGAGUCUGUUCCCUCCGCGCGUGAAGUUGUAGCACAGCUCCAGGACAUGCUUGCCGCGCACGGCCACCGUGCGGCCCACUGGCACGGGCACUCCUUCGGAUGUGUCGUCAUCGGUUGGGUCAUGAAGAUGUCACCGAGUUCUGUGGUCUAUGCGACUUUGAUGGAGCCCGCACAGUUUUUGGUCAUCAAGGCAGAAGCCCUCACAAAGGUUCUUUGGGGCCAUGCCGCGACUUCCUUCGAGAUAUUGAUCCGGUACUUUGCAUUCCGCGAGCUUUUCACGGUGAAUCUGCUUUGCCGGAAUUUCUUCUGGGAGCAAAGUUCUAUGUGGCCUGAGGAUCUCAAAGUGCCGACGAUCGUGACCCUCGGAGCGGAUGACCACAUCGUCCAAUCCACUUUCGUCAGGCGCCUCUUGGAGCAUGAGAGAUCUGCACGGAAGCUGCAGCGGCGCAUCGGAUCCAAGCAGAAGCGGAUUCCAACUUCAGGCUCUUCCACGGACGUGCGUGUUGACACACUUCAACAGGCAGCUUCGUCAAAUAAGUCGCAAGGGUCCGAGUCUUUGGAGAUCCUUUGGUGCGAGGGCUUCUUUCAUGGUCGAAUUUUGGGAGACUGGCGCGCCAAUGUGCGGCUGUUCCAUCGCAUGCGCUCCCUGGUGCGCGCGGAGGGAGGAGGAUGA